GGGUAAAUUGUCUCGCUGCUUAUUGAUUAUUUAUUAUUAAUCAAAUCCAAGCACUGUUAGUGUAUUUGUUUUGUUUUUUUAAAAAUGUUUUGACAUUUAUUUUAUCAGCCAUAAACAUAAUUGUAUGCUUUUUCGUGAUGUACACACAAACGAAAGCUUCCACGUUGCUACAGCAACCCCAGCCUUAUCCAAUCACGCGUCGAUAACCUGUCACGUGCGCCCCCGUCAAGGACCCGUAUGUGUACAACAUGGCGAGUUCCUCUCACUUCUCAUAACUAUGCAAAAAAACCCAGCGUAUCCUGAAAGAAAAAAAAAACCGAGCGAAAACAAGUGAAGUUUUGACAGGCUUUUGGAAAAUGGAGUAAUGGCCUAUAGAGAGUUUGGAGCACGUUUUGAGAAGAAUUCCGCCUGCACUUUGAGUGAGAAAGACGAAGAAAAUGAUGUGGCUGAAGUCAGCGAUGGAAGUGAUGCAGAGUCCAGUUCAUCCAGUUACUCCGAAUAUUCAGAUGAGCUCGAGCCUGAGUGGCUCGACGACGUUCAAAAGAAUGGUGAGCUCUUCUAUCUGGAGUUGAGUGAGGGCGAAGAAGAAGCUGUACUCUCUCACAUCACCGCCAGUCAGUCUGCUGCCACCAAUCAUGUGCGUUUCAGCGAAAAAGAGGCCGAAAUCAUCACUGACAAAGGCAGCAAAAAACGUGCAGACUCUAGCAGGAAAUCACAACCAAAAUUCAAGAAGCUUGCUAAAAUCCUCGGACGCAAACGACGUCCAUCUCAGAGAAGCAGGGCUGAUGGGAAAAACGGCAGAACUUCUCAACAACCGGCAUCCAUUUUGAAGAACCAGUCGGGGCAGCGGACAGGAUUGGUGGUGCAGCAGCCAUAUUUGAAAGAUGUGUGUGUGUACAUCAACCCUAAACGACUGGGCAGUAUUUCUCCUCCUCCCUCAGAGAAAGGGGGCUUGCUGGAGGCCUUAUUGGGAGUGGUCCUCCGGGGUGGAGAUGGUUUGAGCUGUAAUGGGGAGAGACUUGUCAUUCAUGGACUGGUACCUCAUAGUCCUGCUAGCAAGUGCGCACAGAUUUUAAUUGGUGACGUCCUUGUAGCUGUUGACGACGUGGAUGUUACAUCAGAGAAUAUUGAGAGAGUUCUGUCUUGUAUUUCUGGACCAACACAGGUGCAUUUGACUCUGGAGACUGGCAUUGCAGGCACUGUAAUGGACUCAGAGGUGCCGAGACCGAGACCCACCGCCCCCGUCAGCCAGCUGGUGCGUCUCCUCUGGGGUGAGGACACCACGGAGCUGCAGAUGAGCGUAGCACACAUUCCUCACAUCAUCAUGUACCUGUCACUCAAACUGGACUCUGAGUCGCCUCAGGAGGAGCAGGAGAUCUUGUACCAGUACCCAGUGUCUGAGGCAGCAGCACAGCUGAAGGGAGUGAGAGGAAUCUUCCUCACACUGUGUGACAUGCUGGAGAACGUCACUGGAGGACAGAUAGUCAGUUCAUCUCUAUUACUCAGAAAGCAGUUGGUCCAUGUGGGUUAUUGGAAGGAAGGAGAGAAUCUGCUGGUGAUCGGUCUGCCUUCUGACAGGGUGCCAUUGCUGCAUCUGCAGACCGUUAUAAAUGGAUUGGUGCGAACUCUCAGGGUCAUGUACGGCUCUCUGCACAGUGCCUUCUGUGAGGUGGAGAAUGCACCUCGGCUGGAUCAUUUCUUCUGCCUGUUCUUCCAGAGACUCAUCCAACCCUCUCGUUUGAGUGACAGCCCUGGCUCCUCCCCCUCCAACAUCUCUGGGACCCUCUUCCUAGAUGACUUACCCGCCAUGCGCUGGCUCACUUUACCGCCAGACAUUAAGGUCGAAGUGGACACUGUUCUGUCAGACUUUGAGUCCUCAGACUUUGGUGACAUGUCAGAAGACUUCUAUGGCAUGAGGCGUUUGUACGUCAUUUUAGGGUCCUGUCUCUUCUACAAGGGUUAUCUGAUAGCGAACCACCUGCCUAAAGAGGACCUGCUGGACGUGUGUCUGUACUGCCAGCACUACUGUCUGCUGUGUCUGGGUGCAGAGCAGCGUGUGGGGCAGCUGGUGGUGUGGAGGGAGGUGUUCCUGCAGCGCCGCUCACAGCCCGAGUCCCGCACCUCUACCUCUACUUCCACCUCCACAUCCCGGCCGGGCUACUGCGAGUCCCACGGCCGCUUCUUCCUCCUCGUUGUGGGUCUGAGACAUUAUAUGCAGUGUGUGUUGCUGGAAGCCGGUGGUUGUGCGUCUCUCGCUCUUGGAUCUCCUGGUCCUGACUGCAUCUACGUCGACCAGGUCAAAGCGACUCUCCUGCAGCUGGAAAGUCUCGAGUCUGCAAUUGAAGAACGCCUGUCAGCUCCUCCUACUCCUUCCCUGUCCUGUGCCGACUGGUUCCUGCCUUCCGGUGGGCGCGACCGCCAGGACAUCAUUGGCAGCUCACCCAUCCUAAACCGGCUGACGGCAGCCAUCAAGCCACCAUCACCCGGCACAAUAGGUCGAAGCCUGUUCAGAGAGGCGGGGUCAGGGCUGAAGGGCAGGAAGCCGAGCCCACAGAGGAGUGUGUCGGACAGUGGGAGUGAGGGCCGAAGCGAACAGGGUGACUUUGGGCUGAGGAUGCCAUCUGCUGGUACCCGCAGGGACUCGCUGGGGUCUGGGGGAUCAGACGGUAGUGGAGGCAGCGGAGGACUGUUUAAGAUUCCCAAACUUAAGCAGCCCAAUCCGUUCUAUCUGGGUUCUCUGAAGAAGAGUCUGACUGAGAGGGAGGCUGAGGAGAUGCAGAACACGCUGAAGCUCACGGCAGGUUUGGAAAACACACUCUUUCACUAUAUUCUGAUGGAGACGGUGCAGGGCAUCUUCAUCACGCCCACACACAGAGAGGAAUCACAGCUCAGCGGCUCCAUUCACCCUCAACUCAUCCGCAACUUCCACCACUGCUGCCUGUCCAUCCGCCACGCCUUUCAGCAGAGCCUGCUACCACGGCAGGACAGAAGAGGAACUGACAGGCCCCACACUUCUCGAGGCCUCGGUCCAGUUAAAGAACAUGGCAUUUUGUUCCAGUGCAAACCUGAGAACUGGACCGACCAAAAGAAACCUGCUCCCACAAUGACCUACUGGGUUAUCGGGAGGAUGGUGCUAGAACCCGUCCCUCAGGAGUUCUACGUGUGUUUCCACGACUCCAUACCGGAGGUCCCUGUGGAGAUGGCCUUCAGGCUCUCGUUCGGCCUGGCCAUGUGAUUUAUUCAGGCUUCCUGGGUCACUUUAAUAUUAAAAACCUGCAUAACACUUCACGAGGAAUAGAGACACUGAAGCGGAACGAUGGAUUAAAUAAAGGGCUGAAUUCAGGGUCCUUUAA